AUGCACAAAAUAAAAAAGGGAAUCAAAAAGAAGAUCAAAGGAAAGAAGGAUAAAGAUGAUGAGUUGUUCACCCCGGAAGAAUUAGAGAAAUAUAAAAAAGAAAAAGAAGAGGAAGCGCGUCGACUUGCUGAGCAGCAGCAGCAGCAGCAGCAGCAGCAGCAGCAGCAACAGGAGGAGGAAGUUCAGCAAGAGCAGGCACAGCAGGAGGAACCAGGGGCAGAGAACGGAGGAACUGCCAGCAAUUCCGAGGAAAAAGCCGCACCUUCAGGAGACAAGCAGGACUGGAGAAACUUCUUCGCUGCCACUGACACCGUCCUCAAGAAGACCUCUGACAACCUCCAGCACAUCAAGGAAGCAAGUUACUUUCAGAAGAAAGAGGAGAAGCCUGCUGAACCCAGCGCAGCUGCUGUUCCAUCUGCUGCAGCUGCAACAGCAGCCCCAGCUGGACCUCCAAGUGCCACCGGUAAGAGGUGGGUCGACCUUGAGAGUGGAGGCAUCGACGAUGAGACUGAGGUAGAGGGAGAAGAAGAAGCCCCGAAGGAGGAGGAACCUCAGGACAAGAAAGAACCUGAGGCAGAACCUGCACCUCUACAGUUCAUCGAGGAUCUUCCUGAUGUAGAUGUCGACGACUUUGCAGAAGUCUUUGACACCACAUACGUCGAUAACGUAGAGAGUGGUGAGGUAAAACUCCACUACAUUCCUGACAGUCCAACUACCGACUACGCAAACGAACCCGACCCCUUCGAUACCUCUGUGGUCGACAAAGUUCUUCACACCGAAGAACCAGAACCCAAAAAGCCACAGCAGACCCCGAAGGAACCCGAAAAGAAGAAGAAGAAGCUCGUAAGCCUUGGGUGUGCUGUUGAUGUCCUCACAGGGAAGCUCCAAACCCCAGAAAAGACUCCUGUGAACACUACAGUUGACACCAAAAAACGAAGGGUCAUCCCCCAGGAAAUCAAUUUAUUAGCUGACUUCACUGAAAAUGGAGAAGCUGUAGUCUCAGCCGAAGAUAGUGAAGCAACAGAGAAAGAGGAGACUGAACAGAAACCAGAGGAAAAGAACCUUUUGGAUGAAAUACUUUGUGUAGGUGACGGAGAAGGACAACUACCUGAACUUGGUGCUGUUCUAGGCACAACCCCACGUGCUGUCUCUCCUGCACUUCUUACUGAAGGUGAAAGUGAGAGUGACGUAAAGGUAAAUGAGGGAGUUGAAGGCGAGAACAAAGAAGUUGACCUCAGUGAAUUCCUAGAAUCCUCAGGAGACGACCAAGACUCGAAAGAAACCAAACAGGAAAACGGAAAGGACUUAGACCUUAAGGACCUUGUUGCUGAGUUUGAUAUUAUCGACAAAUCUGAAGUAACCAACGAAUCUCUUAUCCCCACUGAACCUGAUCCAAUUGAAGACGAAUUUGACGCUGAGUUCGCAUUCUUAGCUGCCGAGUCUGUUGCUAAAUCAAAGGAAAAGGAAUUUGAGGAGCUUGAAGACGAUCCAUUUGACACUUCAGUUGCUGCUCAAGUUCUUGGACCAGAAGGAAACGCUGAUGAUAAAGAUCCAUUUGAUGUGAGUUUCAUUGAUGGUGUGGUAAUCGAAGACACCACUCAAAAAGCUAAACCUACUAAGCCACCUCCACCUCGACCUGCCCUUCCCAAGGUCCAGAAAGAAGAACCUGAAGAGGAGGUUGACCCCUUUGACACAUCCAUAGCAGAGAAGCACCUGCCUGUAGAUCAUCUCGCCUCCCCUGACGCAGACGCAAGUCUUCCAGAAGCACUACAGCCACAGGCAGAGAGUGACAUUACUAAAUCAGCCAGCUUUGACCCCUUUGACACCUCUAUUGCAGAGAGUUUUGGAAAAACUGAACUUAAGGUCCUUGAAAGCGAAUUACUCAGUGCAGGUCAGCCAGGUACCCUCAGUAAGAGUGACUCUGACUUUGACUUUAAUCCAAGAGAGGAGGAGGAACCCAAAGCUGCACCCUGCUUGCUAACCAGUUCGGAGAUCGAGGACACUAGUGCACCAGUUCUAGCACCUUCUCAGGACGCACUUGCAGACGACUUCGAUCCUUUUGAUACUUCUAUUGCAGCAAAAGUUGAGAUACAGACUCUUGAAGCAGAGUUCCUGACACAGCCAGAGAAUAAUCAAGAAAAAUCUGAGGAAGCUUCAACUCUACCCAAAAAGAAGCAGCCACCACCACGCCCUGUUCCUUCCCCUGUACACCUGCUAGCAACUACACCUACAGAUAAUAAUCCAACACUUUUACCAUCAAGUGCCAACGAAAAAUCUACAGCUGACGAGAGCUUCGAUCCAUUUGACACAUCUAUUGCUGAAAGUUUUGGAAAGACUGAACUCAAGGCUCUUGAGAAUGAACUUUUGUCUUCCCAAAAUACAGAUCAAGAAGUAAAGCAAGUUUCUCAAGAAAAGAAACCCGAGGACAGAGCCCUUGAUCUUCCAAUCAAACCUCUUCGUCCACCAUCUCCUCGUUGCCUCUUAGCAGCUACACCACUAGACGAAAACCCAACACUCCAACCUGUUUUACAGCCGUCAGCAGAUGCCCCACCUUCAGUAGCAGACGACUUUGAUCCCUUUGACACAUCAAUUGCUGACCAAUUUGGGAAGACUGAACUGAAGGUACUUGAAAGUGAACUUCUUGUGAGUGGCUCUUCUGAAAAAGUAGAGGACAACUUUGACCCUCGAGCAGUAGAAGCACCGGCAAAGCCAUCAAAACCUUCAAGACCGCCGUCCCCAGCUCGUCCUCAGUGUCUCCUGACUGCUUCUCCCUCACCAACAGGUGCUCCCCCUAGUUUGGAGCUUUUAGCACCAACAGAAACAAAACCAAACGCUCCUGAGGCUGAUUUUGAUCCAUUUGAUACCUCAAUUGCCGAAAAAUUUGGUAAGACUGAACUGAAGUACUUUGAAAGUGAGUUGCUUGACACAGCACCGGCUCCAGGUCCUGAUCCAUUUGACGAAUUUGAUCCCAGGGCAGAAGAAGCUAAAUCAAAGGCACCCCAAAGACCUCCUAAACCAGGCAGGCCUCCAGUGCCACCAGCUCCGUGUCUUCUAGCAACCACUCCAACAGACAACAGUGCUCCCCUCCAGCCCUGCAUAGAACCACGUCAGGAGCCCAAGGAAGCAGCAACUGCAGCAGAGGAGUUUGAUCCUUUCGAUACCUCCAUUGCAGACAAACUUGGCAAAACUGAAAUAAAGUUCUUAGAAGAAAGUCUUCUUUCAAAGGAGGAAAGUCAGGUUGAAACUAAGCCCCAGGCAUUUGUACCCCGUGUAGAGAACACCACUAACGCUGCUCUGCCAGAAGCAAGUCAAGCUCCCUCUGUGACAACUGAUCAUCUCCUUUCAUCUUCUCCUACUGAGGAUCUCAGACCUACUCUUCAGCCAACAUCAAGUGUGACAGAAGAGUCUGUGAAAGAUUUUGAUCCAUUUGACACUUCCAUUGCAGACCAGUUUGGUAAGGCUGAAUUAAAGACUCUUGAGAGUGAACUUCUAACAGAUUCAGGUGUUAAAAAGAAUCUAAGUGACGAGGAAUUCGACCCACGUCAAGAGGAAAUUAAAACUCCAAAGCGACCUCCACCCCCUGCUCAGAAACCUGCAACACCUGUCAACUUGUUAGAUUCCACUGACGACCAUAAUUUAUCUGAUCAACCAAUUCAGGUUCUCCAGGCACAGUCAGCAAAGAGCCCUGAGAUUGCAGACGAUUUCGACCCAUUUGAUACCUCAAUAGCUGCAGAUAUUGGACCAAGCAAAGCUGAACUGAAAUAUCUUGAGACAGAGCUCUUAAGUGCAACUAAAGAUCCAUUUGAUACUUCAGAGGCAUAGGCUGUGAAUUUAAA